AUGGGUGGCUCUCCAAAAUGGGUUUCUCUUGGUUUUCUUGUAAUUUGCAUUGUGCUCCAUUUGAGUGCUCUUGCUCUUGCUGAUAACAAGCUUGAAAAGAGUAGGUUUAGAGAUGAUGAUUGUUGGGGCCGACGCUGCGGUGGCAGAUAUGGAGGUCGUGGACCGCGAUAUGGUAGGGGAGGUGGUUUUGGAGGCGGUAGAGGAGGUGGGUUUGGUGGUGGUAGAGGGGGUGGAUCGGGUGGAGGGCUUGGAGGCGGCGGUGGUGGUGUUGGAGGAGGAGGUGGAGUGGGAGGUGGUUCUGGACAUGGUGGAGGGUUUGGAGCUGGAGGUGGCGUUGGUGGAGGUGCAGGAGGAGGUGGCGGAGGUGGAGGCGGUGGAGGAGGUGGCGGCGGCGGAAAUGGUGGUGGGUCUGGCCAUGGUGGAGGCUUUGGAGCUGGUGGAGGUGUAGGUAGUGGGGCUGGCGGAGGCGGAGGCGGUGGUGGUGGUGGAGGAGGAGGUGGAGGAAGUGGUGGUGGGUCAGGCCAUGGUGGAGGCUUUGGAGUUGGUGGAGGUGUAGGUAGUGGAGCCGGCGGAGGUGGAGGCGGAGGCGGAGGUGGUGGCGGCAGUGGUGGUGGCUCAGGGCAUGGUGGAGGCUUUGGAGUUGGUGGAGGUGUUGGUAGUGGGGCUGGCGGAGGAGGAGGCGGAGGUGGAGGCGGAGGCGGUGGUGGUGGUCUAGGCGGAGGUUCAGGUCAUGGAGGUGGAUUUGGAGCCGGUGGAGGAGCUGGAUCCGGAGGAGGUUUAGGGCAUGGCGGCGGUGGUCACGGCGGAGGAUUUGGAAUAGGAAUAGGGAUUGGAAUAGGAGUUGGUAGCGGAUCAGGUCAAGGCGUCGGCGUUGGCUCCGGGUCCGGUGGAGGGGGUGGUGGUCGUCGUUAA